UUUUUUACUGUCCCAUUCCUCAGACUUGACACAACAUGUCAACGAAGAACAACAACAAAACGACUGUCACGUAAUUAAUUAAAAAUUCUCGAGUGUUCUGAGUAUUUUCCAUACGUUCUGGUGGUGCUCUGAUUUUUUAUAUCUGAAUGUGACAUUCUGGAGGGAUUUCGACAAUUUUUUAAAUAAAAUUCGAGGGGGUACAGAAGAAAGUGAAAAUACAAUGGGUGUUAUCUUUCUCGAACACAUCGGAGGCACUCGUUUGUUCUCCUGUGCAUCUUGUGACACUAAUCUGACAAACAGAGCACAGCUGAUCAGCACAAGAUUCACUGGUGCCACUGGAAGGGCUUUUUUGUUCAAUAAAGUCGUCAAUCUCAACUAUAGUGAAAUUCAAGAUCGUGUAAUGUUGACUGGUAGACACAUGGUUCGUGAUGUGAGCUGCAAAAAUUGUGACGCAAAACUUGGAUGGGUGUACGAAUACGCUACAGAUGAAAAUCAACGUUACAAGGAAGGUCGUGUCAUUCUGGAACGAGCUCUCGUAACGGAGACUGAUGGAAUGGGAGAGAAUAUAUAAUUAUAAGUGAUAAAUAAGAAAACAAUUGAUCACUCCAAAAAAAGAGAUCAAUUUGUCAACAUUAAUGGAAAGAUUGCAGGGAGAAUUUGAAUCACACAUUGUCAUCUAAUCUUGCAAAUUGUAUAAGUUUUGUUUAUUGGUGAUAAUUUUUAUAUGAGUUAUGAGAAAUUAAAGAAAUAACUGCGGA